CUGCAAGCACCCAGCCAUGGAGCCAAGGAAUCCCCGCCCACAUUGCAGGCUGUGUCACUGAACUGUGACCACGUGACUGGGUCUCCUACAAGCAGUGACCUGGGAUACAGUGCCAGGUAAUAGGAAGCAGCCAGCUCUGGGAAUGGGAUUACUAUACAGAGACAGCAGGUAAUGGGAAGCAGCCAGCUCUGGGAAUGGGAAGCAGCCAGCUCUGGGAAUGGGAUUACUAUACAGAGACAGCAGGUAAUGGGAAGCAGCCAGCUCUGGGAAUGGGAGCACUAUACAGAGACAGCAGGUAAUGGGAAGCAGCCAGCUCUGGGAAUGGGAGCACUAUACAGAGACAGCGGGUAAUGGGAAGCAGCCAGCUCUGGGAAUGGGAUUACUAUACAGAGACAGCGGGUAAUGGGAAGCAGCCAGCUCUGGGAAUGGGAUUACUAUACAGAAGACAGCGGGUAAUGGGAAGCAGCCAGCUCUGGGAAUGGGAUUACUAUACAGAGACAGCAGGUAAUGGGAAGCGGCCAGCUCUGGGAAUGGGAUUACUAUACAGAGACAGCAGGUAAUGGGAAGCGGCCAGCUCUGGGAAUGGGAUUACUAUACAGAGACAGCAGGUAAUGGGAAGCGGCCAGCUCUGGGAAUGGGAUUGCUAUACAGAGACAGCAGGUAAUGGGAAGCGGCCAGCUCUGGGAAUGGGAUUGCUAUACAGAGACAGCAGGUAAUGGGAAGCGGCCAGCUCUGGGAAUGGGAUUGCUAUACAGAGACAGCAGGUAAUGGGAAGCGGCCAGCUCUGGGAAUGGGAUUACUAUACAGAGACAGCAGGUAAUGGGAAGCAGCCAGCUCUGGGAAUGGGAUUACUAUACAGAGACAGCAGGUAAUGGGAAGCAGCCAGCUCUGGGAAUGGGAUUACUAUACAGAGACAGCAGGUAAUGGGAAGCAGCCAGCUCUGGGAAUGGGAUUACUAUACAGAGACAGCAGGUAAUAGGAAGCAGCCAGCUCUGGGAAUGGGAUUACUAUACAGAGACAGCAGGUAAUGGAAAGCAGCCAGCUCUGGGAAUGGGAUUACUAUACAGAGACAGCAGGUAAUGGGAAGCAGCCAGCUCUGGGAAUGGGAUUACUAUACAGAGACAGCAGGUAAUGGGAAGCAGCCAGCUCUGGGAAUGGGAUUACUAUACAGAGACAGCAGGUAAUAGGAAGCAGCCAGCUCAGGGAAUGGGAUUACUAUACAGAGACAGCAGGUAAUGGGAAGCAGCCAGCUCUGGGAAUGGGAUUACUAUACAGAGACAGCAGGUAAUGGGAAGCAGCCAGCUCUGGGAAUGGGAUUACUAUACAGAGACAGCGGGUAAUGGGAAGCAGCCAGCUCUGGGAAUGGGAUUACUAUACAGAGACAGCGGGUAAUAGGAAGCAGCCAACUCUGGGAAUGGGAUUACUAUACAGAGACAGCGGGUAAUGGGAAGCAGCCAGCUCUGGGAAUGGGAUUACUAUACAGAGACAGCGGGUAAUGGGAAGCAGCCAGCUCUGGGAAUGGGAUUACUAUACAGAGACAGCGGGUAAUGGGAAGCAGCCAGCUCUGGGAAUGGGAUUACUAUACAGAGACAUCAGGUAAUGGGAAGCAGCCAGCUCUGGGAAUGGGAUUGCUAUACAGAGACAGCGGGUAAUGGGAAGCAGCCAGCUCUGGGAAUGGGAUUGCUAUACAGAGACAGCGGGUAAUGGGAAGCAGCGAGCUCUGGGAAUGGGAUUGCUAUACAGAGACAGCGGGUAAUGGGAAGCAGCCAGCUCUGGGAAUGGGAUUACUAUACAGAGAGUGUAGGUAAGUGCUCAGGGAAUGGCAAUACUAUACAGAGAGAGUAGGUAGGUGCUCUGGGAAUGGCAAUACUAUACAGUGACAGCAGGUAGGUGCUCUGGGAAUGAUAUUACUAUACAGAGAGAGCAGGUAGGUGCUCUGGGAAUGAUAUUACUAUACAGAGAGAGCAGGCAGGUGCUCUGGGAAUGGCAAUACUAUACAGGGCCAGCAGGUAAGUGCUCCAGGGGUCACUUUACUUUUAAUAACCUCAGUUAUGGCAUAAGAAGGGUUAAUGCACACUUAUUACUGGUAUUUAUAUAGCGCCAACUAAUUCCGCAGCAAUUACAAUAUUAUGAAAGGGGGACAUUUUACAAUAAAUGAGACAAUUACACGAUGACACAGGAACCAUUGGUAGCUGAGGACCCUCCCCAAACGAGUUUACAGCAAUCACAGGCUGCCUCUGAAACUGCAGUACUCUGGACUGUGACACCAUCAUGUGACACCAUUAUGUUAUUCCUGUAUUUGUUGUUUACAAUGUUUCUUCAGACUGACUGACUGCAUUUGCUGUAGUUUACAUUGCCAUAUACUGUGUCUGCAGCUGAUGACAGAAUUAUGUUACAGCAGAAAUUACAAUACCAACAAAGUGUCCCUGAAUAGCAGGGACACUCCUAAAAUUCCUAUGUUUCUCCUUUCUAUCACUAACGUGGGAAUUCAAAAUGAAUUUCAAAUUUAGAAGAAACCUAUAGCCUGAUUGAAGAACUUCUACUUGAUUCUGGAAGGAAAGGCCCUCUAGUGCAGUGGUUCCCAACCUUUUUUUUACUUGAGUACCCCUUGGCAGUCCAUCUCCAUAAAUUGUACCCCUCAUAUUAGCAAAAUUUUUGUAAUGAACAUAGUUGCUGAUAUUUUCAAUAUAUCCGUUUUUCUCUGCCCCGGCUCUCCCUGCUCUCCCCUCUGCCCCAGGCUCUCCCCUCUGCCCCAGGCUCUCCCUGCAUUUCCCUCCCCCAGACUCUCCCUGCAUUUCCCUGCCCCAGGCUCUCCCUGCAUUUCCCUGCCCCAGGCUCUCCCUGCAUUUCCCUGCCCCAGGCUCUCCCUGCAUUUCCCUGCCACAGGCUCUCUCUGCGUUUCCCUACCCCAGGCUCUCCCUGCUCUUCCCUCUGCCCAGGCUCUCCCCUCUGCUUAAGGUUCUUCCUGCAUGUCCCUCUGCCUCAGGCUCUCUCUGCUUCUCCUUUGACCCGGGCUCUCCCUGCUUCUCUUCUGCCCCAGGUUCUCCAUGCUCUGCCCCAUGCUCUCUCUGCGUUUCCCUCUGCCCCAUGCUCUCUCUGUGUUUCCCUCUGCCCCAUGCUCUCUCUGCUCUUCCCUUGGCCCCAGGCUCUCCCUGCUCGUCUCUCUGCCCGUGGCUCUCCCUGCUCUCCCCUCUGCCCCAGGCUCUUCCCUCUGCCCCAGGCUCUCCCUACAUUUCCCUCUGCCCCAGGAUCUCCCUGCUCUUCACACUGCCCCAGGCUCUCCCCUCUGCCCCAGGAUCUCUCUGCUUCUCCUUGGCCCCAGGCUUUCCCUGCUCUUCCCUCUGCCCAAGGCUCUCCCUGCUCUUCCCUCUGCCCAAGGCUCUCCCUGCUUUCCCUUCUGCCUAAGGCUCUUCCUGCAUGUCCCUCUGCCUCGGGCUCUCCCUGCUCUCCCCACUGCCCCAUGCUCUCUCUGCGUUUCCCUCUGCCCCAGGAUCUCUCUGCUCUUCCCUCGGCUCCAGGCUCUCUCUGCUCUUCUCUCUGCCCGAGGCUCUCCCUGCUCUUCCAUCUGCCACAGGCUCUACCUGCAUUUCCCUCCCCCAGACUCUCCCUGCAUUUCCCUGCCCCAGGCUCUCCCUGCAUUUAUAUAAAAGAAGAGACAGCGCUAAUUAAUUAACAGGCAGCAACCUUAAAAAGGGAAACCCUCCAAACCCUUUAAAACAAGACAAUUAAAACAACAGUAAAAAGGCUGCAUCUAUAGAAGGAUAAAAUAAAGUAAAUUCAAGUAAAAAGUCCAACGGGAUAAAUAAAUAUAAUAGGUAAAAAGUUUAACUUAAGUGUCCUUGCGAAUAGUCUUUAUAACAAGAAGUGCAGUAGUGAAGUCUUCAUAGAGAGUCGAAAAUGGGUCGCAAGAGAAUACUGAGGACGGGCAGCAGCUGAAAUAGCCUGCCCUUCGGUCGGUCCCCGCUCAGUUCUCAAGCUGAUUUUUGCUCAUCUUGUACCAUUACAGAGAGAACAUAUCUGAAGCAUAUCAGACUGGUCUCACCCAUCCAGAUCCAAAAUGCCAGCAAGUUCUCUCUGCACGAGAGAUACAGCAACCCCAGACGAUCGUUUCAGCCUUGUUAGGCAUCAUCAGUGAGGCAUAGCUGAUAUCUCUCUAGACACCGUGAGCAAGGGGUCCACGUCUGGAUUAUCCCUUUAAACUUGUAGAGAGUCAAAAAUGGGUCGCAAGCUGUAUAGGUUUCACUUAUAUAGAAGACAAAAAAAAGGGAGAGAGAGGGACGGCCAAUAGUGUAGUAUUGUAUAAUUCCAAAGGUGACGUAUGAAAAGAUAAUAUUGGAGAACUCACAUUUAAUAGAGCUUAUGUCCAGCUCUAGGAUAGAAGCGCAUACAGCGGUAUGAUCCCCGCUUAUAGGAUAUGCCGUGGGUAUCUCUCCGUCAAUGGUGUCCAAUUAAAUGAGGAGCAGACCGACUGCUCUUGUGUAUCAGCAUAGGUGGAUUAAUACCCACCUCUGGAUUUCUUGGAAUACAGGAGACUUCCGAAGUAGAUGUUGGUAUAUAAUAGUAUAUAAAAUACUAAAACAUACUAAAAAGCCAGGUUAAAAAAAAAAGGGAGGGUAAUGUGUAUAUAAAACUAGAAAAAAGAAUAGUUGGCACAAAUAAAAUGACCAAAAAUUACUUUAAUAUUAAAAUACACAGUAUAAAAUAUCCAUAACGCGUUUCGUCAACAGACUUUUUCAAAUGGAAUAACAUACAAUACCUGGCUAGUUGUAUUAUAUAAAGGUUAAGAUGGUUUAAAUUUGGCGCCAAAAUUGAUCCGUCCAAUCAGAAUUAAGUUACAUUUGGCAGUUUAAAAACUCUAAAAUACAUCAAUAAAAGCAAAAUAUAAGGUGUAAGGACACUCAUAAUUAACUUUAAUAACAAAAACGAAGGUUUUAAAAGCAUAAAAUUAACGAUUGAAAAUGCGCACGUGACGCGCGGAACUUCCGGUUUUCGGACGAGAUGCCGCUAUGUCUAAUGGGAAAUGUAGUCAUCAAGCCGUGAAUGGCGGCAGUGGAUUGAAUAUAGGCGCGGCCAUAUUAUGAGGGGCAUGAAAACAAAAGCCCACAUAGAAAAGGGCUAUACAUAGAAUAAUGGCCAUAUUGGGAAGGGCAAAUAGUUAGUAAAAGCCAUAUUAGGAAGGGCAAAGGAUCAUGUAAUAAGAAUGACCAUAAUAUAAGUAAAUGGGUAAAAACAUUUAGUACAGAUAAUCAUAUAAUAAAAAGGGCACAUUAAUAUAAAUAAAAAUUGGUUAUAAUCAUAUAAUAAAAGGGGCACAUUACUGUAAAUACAAAGUAAAGAUUAAAAUUGAUAUACAAUCAAAAUGAAAUAAAACAUAAAAAUGCAAUUUAAUUUAAAACAAGAUAAAAGGCAGUUGUGUAAAACAGACAUAUAAAAUACUUGUUUGUUACAGAAAAUUGUAUAGGUCAAAGUCUGCAAUGAGGCCAUGGGGUAUAAGGGUCUUAAGGUUAUACACCCAUUCCAUUUCUAUUUUUCCAAGUAAUUUUUUUAUGUCUCCUCCUCGCCAGGGGGUAGAAAAUUUUUUUAUACCAAUACAUUUUAACCCCUUAAGGACACAACUUCUGGAAUAAAAUGGAAUCAUGACAGAAUAUUUCCGUCAUGUGUCCUUAAGGGGUUAAUAGUUUAGGGUCUUUGUUAUGCAUAAUAAAAUGUUUGGAUACUGUAUGAUUUAAGUAUCCAUUUUUAAUAUUUCUGCAAUGUUCGCUCAAUCUUGUCUUUAAGCACCUUGUGGUCAUCCCCACAUAUUGGAGACCACAUGGGCAUUCGAGCAGAUAGAUAAAAUUUUUACUGUUGCAGCCGAUAAAAUCAUAAAUAUUAUACAUUUUUUUUUUAGUCCUAUUAGACAUAAACUGGGUAACUUUAGAUGGGGUGGACGAAUCUGUAGUUCUACACACUAUACAUUGUUUGCAUUUAUAAAAGCCUUUUGUCUGCGGAAAAAAAGAAAAACCCCUUACAGGCGAUUCUCGAGUAAAAUUAGUAGUUAGAAUAGAUUUAAAAUUUGGUGCACCUCUAAACAAGAAAUCCAGAGGUGGGGAUUAAUCCACCUAUGCUGAUACACAAGAGCAGUCGGUCUGCUCCUCAUUUAAUUGGACACCAUUGACGGAGAGAUACCCACGGCAUAUCCUAUAAGCGGGGAUCAUACCGCUGUAUGCGCUUCUAUCCUAGAGCUGGACAUAAGCUCUAUUAAAUGUGAGUUCUCUAAUAUUAUCUUUUCAUACGUCACCUUUGGAAUUAUACAAUACUACACUAUUGGUCGUCCCUCUCUCUCCCUUUUUUUUGUCUUCUAUAUAAGUGGAACCUAUACAGCUUAUGAAGACUUCACUACUGCACUUCUUGUUAUAAAGACUAUUCGCAAGGACACUUAAGUUGAACUUUUUACCUAUUAUAUUUAUUUAUCCCGUUGGACUUUUUACUUGAAUUUACUUUAUUUUAUCCUUCUAUAGGCGCAGCCUUUUUAUUGUUGUUUUAAUCUCCCUGCAUUUCCCUGCCCCAGGUUCUCCCUGCAUUUCCCUGCCCCAGGUUCUCCCUGCAUUUCCCUGCCCCAGGUUCUCCCUGCAUUUCCCUGCCCCAUGCACUCCCUGCAUUUCCCUGCCACAGGCUCUCCCUACAUUUCCCUACCCCAGGCUCUCCCUGCUCUUCCCUCUGCCUAAGGUUCUUCCUGCAUGUCCCUCUGCCUCAGGCUCUCUCUGCUUCUCCUUUGCCACGGGCUCUCCCUGCUUCUCUUCUGCCCCAGGUUCUCCAUGCUCUCCCCUCUGCCCCAUGCACUCUCUGCGUUUCCCUCUGCCCCAUGCUCUCUCUGCGUUUCCCUCUGCCCCAUGCUCUCUCUGCGUUUCCCUCUGCCCCAUGCUCUCUCUGCGUUUCCCUCUGCCCCAUGCUCUCUCUGCGUUUCCCUCUGCCCCAUGCUCUCUCUGCGUUUCCCUCUGCCCCAUGCUCUCUCUGCUCUUCCCUCGGCCCCAGGCUCUCUCUGCUCUUCCCUCGGCCCCAGGCUCUCCCUGCUCGUCUCUCUGCCCGAGGCUCUCCCUGCUCUCCCCUCUGCCCCAGGCUCUUCCCUCUGCCCCAGGCUCUCCCUACAUUUCCCUCUGCCCCAGGCUCUCCCUGCUCUUCACACUGCCCCAGGCUCUUCCCUCUGCCCAAGGCUCUUCCCUCUGCCCAAAGGCUCUUCCCUCUGCCCAAGGCUCUCCCUGCUCUUCCCUCUGCCCAAGGCUCUCCCUGCUCUUCCCUCUGCCCAAGGCUCUCCCUGCUUUCCCUUCUGCCUAAGGCUCUUCCUGCAUGUCCCUCUGCCUCAGGCUCUCCCCUCUACCCCAUGAUCUCUCUGCUUCUCCUUGGCCCCAGGUUCUCCCUGCUCUUCCCUCUGCCUAAAGCUCUUCCUGCAUGUCAAUCAGACUUUGCCCCUGGCUCUCCCUGCUUCUCUUCUGCCCCAGGUUCUCCCUGCUCUCCCCACUGCCCCAUGCUCUCUCUGCGUUUCCCUCUUCCCCAGGAUCUCUCUGCUCUUCCCUCGGCUCCAGGCUCUCCCUGCUCUUCUCUCUGCCCGAAGCUCUCCCUGCUCUUCCAUCUGCCACAGGCUCUCCCUGUAUUUCCCUCUGCCCCAGGCUCUCCCCUCUACCCCAUGAUCUCUCUGCUUCUCCUUGGCCCCAGGUUCUCCCUGCUCUUCCCUCUGCCUAAAGCUCUUCCUGCAUGUCAAUCAGACUUUGCCCCUGGCUCUCCCUGCUUCUCUUCUGCCCCAGGCUCUCUCUGCUCUCCCCACUGCCUCAGGCUCUCUCUGCUCUUCCCUCUGCCCCAGGCUCUCUCUGCUCUUCCCUCUGCCCCAGGCUCUCUCUGCUCUUCCCUCUGCCCCAGGCUCUCUCUGCGUUUCCCUCUUCCCCAGGCUCUCUCUGCGUUUCCCUCUGCCCCAGGCUCUCUCGUUCCCUCUGCUGGGCUCUCUCACUGCGUUUCCCUCCUUUAGGCUCUCUCUGCGGUUUCCCCUCUGCCCCAGGAUCUCCUGCUCUUCCCUUUGCCCCAGGCUCUGCCUGCUCCCCACUGCCCCAGGCUCUCUCUGCGUUUCCCUCUGCCCCAGGCUCUCUCUGCGUUUCCCUCUGCCCCAGGAUCUCCCUGCUCUUCCCUUUGCCCCAGGCUCUACCUGCUCUCCCCACUGCCCCAGGCUCUCUCUGUGUUUCCCUCUGCCCCAGGCUCUCCCUGCUCUUCCCUCUGCCCCAGGCUCUCCCUGCUCGUCCCUCUGCCCCAGGCUCUCCCUGCUCUUCCCUCUGCCCUAGGCUCUCCCUGCUCUUCCCUCUGCCCUAGGCUCUCCCUGUUCUUCCCUCUGCCCCAGGUUCUCCCUGCUCUCCCCACUGCCCCAUGCUCUCUCUGCGUUUCCCUCUGCCCCAGGAUCUCUCUGCUCUUCCCUCGGCUCCAGGCUCUCCCUGCUCUUCUCUCUGCCCGAGGCUCUCCCUGCUCUUCCAUCUGCCACAGGCUCUCCCAGUAUUUCCCUCUGCCCCAGGCUCUCCCCUCUUCCCCAGGAUCUCUCUGCUUCUCCUUGGCCCCAGGUUCUCCCUGCUCUUCCCUCUGCCUAAAGCUCUUCCUGCAUGUCAAUCAGACUUUGCCCCUGGCUCUCCCUGCUUCUCUUCUGCCCCAGGCUCUCUCUGCUCUCCCCACUGCCCCAGGCUCUCUCUGCUCUCCCCACUGCCCCAGGCUCUCUCUGCGUUUCCCUCUGCCCCAGGCUCUCUCUGCUCUUCCCUCUGCCCCAGGCUCUCUCUGCGUUUCCCUCUGCCCCAGGCUCUCUCUGCGUUUCCCUCUGCCCCAGGCUCUACCUGCUCUCCCUGCUCUGUGUUUCCCUCUGCCCCAGGCUCUCCCUGCUCUUCCCUCUGCCCCAGGCUCUCCCUGCUCUUCCCUCUGCCCUAGGCUCUCCCUGUUCUUCUCUCUGCCCGAGGCUCUCCCUGCUCUCCCCUCUGCCCCAGGCUCUCCCUGCAUUUCCCUCUGCCCCAGGAUCUCCCGGCUUCUCUUCUGCCCCAGGAUCUCCCUGCUCUCCCCACUGCCCUCUGCUCCAGGAUCUCUCUGCUUCUCCUUGGCCCCAGGCUCUCCCCUCUGCCUAAGGCUCUUCCUGCAUGUUCCUCUGCCUAAGGCUCUUCCUGCAUGUUCCUCUGCCUCAGGCUCUCCCUGCUUCUCCUCCGCCCCAGGCUCUCCCUGCUCUCCCCACUGCCCCAGUUUCUCCAUGCAUUUUCCUCAGCCUCAAGCUCUCCUUGCUCUUCUCUCUGUUCCAGGCUCUCCCUGCUCUUCCCUCUGCCCCAGGCUCCCCACACACACACUGAUACAGUUGCACAGACACACUGACACAAAUACAGAUACACAUAUACAAUCACUUACACACAUGCAGAUACAUAAACACAUAUACAAUCACUCACACACAUGCAGAUACUCAUUAUCUGUAUGUUUAGUGAUUGUAUCUAUGUGUCUUAUGUAUAUGCAUGUGUGUCAGGGUGUGUAUCUGUGUGUUCAAUGUAUGUAUCUUUAGGUUUGUGUAGUGUAUGUGUGUGUUCAGUGUAUGUAUCUAUGUGUCUGUGCAUCUGCAUGUGUGUCAGUGUGUGUGUGUAUUAUAUAUAUAUAUAUAUAUAUAUAUAUAUAUAUGUCUGUGUAUCUGCAUGUGUGUCAAGGUAUGUAUCUGUAUGUUUGUGUUUCAGGAUGUGUGUCAGGGUAUGUAUCUGUGUGUCAGACACACAUACAGAUACACACCCUGAAACACAGACACACUGACACACAGAUACAUACCUUGACACACAUGCAGAUACAGACACAUAUAUACAUACACUGACACACUGACACACAUGCAGAUACAAACACACAUGGAUACAUACACAGACACACACUCUGACACCCAUGCAGAUACACAGACAAACAUGUAGAUGCACAAAGAUACACACACUGACAAACAGAUACACACUCUGACAUCCAUGCAGAUACACACACAUAUGCAGAUGCACAGCGAUACAUACACUGACACACAUGCCGAUACAAACCCAUAUAUACAUACUCUGACAUACUUAAGGAUACAUACUCUGACACACAGAUACACACCCUGACACACGUAGAAACAAAGAAUGUAUCCUUAAGUGUCUCAGUGUAUGUAUCAGACAGACACAUGCACACCCUGACACACAUGCAGAUAUAUACACACACACAUAUGUAUACACAGAGACACACACAUUGACACACAGAUACCUAUACUGACAAAUAUGCAGAUACACAGAAACAUACACUGAUACACUUAAGGAUACAUACCUUGACACACAUACAGAUACACAUAUUGACACAGAUACACACAUGCAGAUGCAAAGACACAUAGAUACAUGCACUGACACAGUUAUGGAUGCACAGCCUGAGACACAUGCAGAUACACAGACACACACACAGUGACACACAGAUACAUAUACUGAAAAACAUGCAGAUACACACAUAUAUACGUACACUGACACACUUAAGAAUACAUACCCUGACACACUUUCAGAUACACCGAAACAGACACUGACACACAUCCUCAUGCACAGAUACUUAUCCUGACGCAUAGAUACACAUGCAGAUACACAGAGACACACACAGUGACGCACAGAUACGUAUACUGACAAACAUGCAGAUACACAGACACAUAUAGACGUACACUGACACAUUUAAGGAUACAUACCCUGACACACGUUCAGAUACACCGAUACAGACACUGACACACAUCCUCACGCACAGAUACUUAUCCUGACACACAGAUACAGAGUUACACACCCUGACACACACACACUGACACACAUGCAGAUACACAGACCCAUACAUACAUACAAUGACACACUUAAGGAUACACACCCUGACAUACAGAUACACACAUUAACACACACGUGCAGAUACAGAGAUACACACACUGGCACAGACACUGUGCUGUGUGUGAGGGGUGUUCUGUGUGUAAGGGGUGCUGUGUGUGUGUGUAAGGGGUGCUGUGUGUGCACACAACACAUUUUCCCAUCCCCCUAUUGCUCUGUGUGAGUAGGGGGGUGCUCUGUUUGUGAGGGGUGCUCUCUCUGUAUGUGUGAGAGGUGUUGUGUGUGAGACAGGGGUGAUGUGUGUGAGGGGUGCUGUGUUUGUGUGUGUGAGAGAGGGGUGUGUGUUAGGGGUAUAUGAGAGGGGUGUUGUGUGUGUGUGUGUGUGUGUGUGGGAGGGAUGGGGGUGGGAAUAGGAGUAAUGCAUUCAAAAAAAAAAAUUAUUACUAAAAAAUUUUAUUAUUAAUAAACUGUAUGUCCCCUCUUCUUACCUUUUCUCCAGGGAGAGGGGACAUUGCCCUGGUGGUCCUGUGGGGGUGAGCAGCUCUAUCCUGCCUGCAGCCAGAGUUCAGUCCUCCCGCGAGAUUUUCGGAGCGUUGCUGUGGUAACCCGCGGAAACGCUACAAAUUGCCGAACUCACCGGAAGAACCUUCUGCCUCCAGGCUCCUCCUCCCUCCCUCUCCAGCCUGUCUGUCAGUGACUGUGGGCCAGUGAGGGAGAUCACACCGGCCCAUGAAGGCACACAGCUGGGCCGGCGCUCGGGUAGCGCUGUCCCAGCUCGGGCUGACAGGGGAUAUCAUGUGACAAACCGGGCAUUUGCCCGAUGGCCGGGUUCCCAGCCCGCAUCCACCAUUAGCAAAAUUAUUUUGCGUACCCUCUGGGGCACUGAAUUGUACCCCUGGGGGUACGCGUACCAGCUCUAGUGGCUGUCAGGGAGAUGUUUAAUGUAUACGUGACUUUUUACGAAACAGUGGUGUCCCAUUUUUAGGGGACAUUAGGGAUCUGUCCCCAACAAGCUUAGUGUGAGUGCAUCGUUAGAGGUGCUUUCACAAUGCUGAGGGCACUGAAAAGAGCUCCCUGCAGGGUCAGCCUUCGGUGGGCCGGCCUGGAUGAUGAGCAGGUGUGUGCAUUCACACCAGGUUGACCUGUCAAUCAUUUUGGCUAACUUGACCCCUUUCUGGGUGGUACAGUGUAUGUGACGCAGUUGCCGCACUGGCCCGCCCCCUUUUCCCUUGAACACCGGCAUCUGGAUUCGCACAACUCCGGAGUUAUGAGGUAUGAUUGCCUCUAGUGCCGCCACUUACCGCCGCUCACCUGCCACGGUUUUAUUACUCUUCUGUAACACCCAACUCCGGUCCGCCCUCACUCCUCUUGCUUUCUACACUGAUUUUCCCUGCUUGGGGACGCUUCCCAAAACAGGGUAUAUACCUCCUCCAUGGUGACGGCAUACUUGAGUCACUCCAUUCCUAUACUCCCUAGCCUAUCAGCACUUUCCCCAUCCUGCCUUCACUGGGUUUGAGUAGUAUUAUACUAAGUAGGGGGUCAGUAUUGGUACAGUGGCUUACCUAGCCUUGUUGGAUUACGGUAUUGGCACAGUGGCUUUGGAGACCUCUUAGCCUAGUUUAUAAUGGAUGAAAAACUUGUCCUCAGGUCGUUUCUAAUGAGAGCCAGACGACUUGGAUUUCCCCAACACACUGUGUGUCCAUUGCCCUGCAUCCCAUAGCUCUAGAUUAGAAGAUUAUUAAUUAAAAAUAACAUUCUUUCAAUGAAAGGUAAUUCAAUAAAUUAGGUGCACUUAUUACUAUACCUGCAGAUUAUUUAUUUGUUGUUAUAUUUCUGACUCUUUUCCAGGAAUGUCACAGAGAGCAGGUGACAUAAAGUACAGCUAUAUUAAUUACACAUCUGCCAAGCAACUUCUAAAGUGUUACGGAAGACCAGGAAACAAACAGAGAGGCUUCAAACAUGUGUCAGAUCAACAUCACACAAACAGGUAUAGAGAUAGCUUGCAGCUGACUUUAGUGUCAUCGUGAAAUUCCUUUUUUCUAUCACACACUCAGCUGAGACAGCUGGCUGCAGGCACUGGGUUUUUGUAGUAGUUUUAAAAGUAUAAAAAAGGUUGAACAAUCACUGUAUGUUCAUUCUAGAACACAAUGUGACAUUUUAAUCAUUUUCCUUUUUUGGUUUUUAUCAUUCCUGUUCCUAAGUGCCACCGUCGUAACAGAUUUCUCUGAACAAGCAUUUGCAAUUGUGAUCUCUUAUUCAAUGAGUAUCUAUAAUGUCAGCAGUUACUACGAAAUAUAAAAUAUAUAUUCUGAUGAAUGGAUGUACUGUUGGCCAAGAAGAUAUGGAAUAUAUUCAGCUCCCAGUGUAAAUAAUGGGAAGGUAGGAACGGCUGACAGGUGUCAAAAAUGUGGCAACACUCGACCGUCAAAAUAUAUUUUUAUUAUCCUUUUUUUUUUAAUGUAUGUUUUAUGCAUUAGGUAUAUCAUUUUAUCAAAACGAUUUUCAAAUCACUACAAUUUGUAGUUUAACAAAUAUAUACUACUAUUAGUGAACUACAAUUCCCAUGAACAUUUGCUAGACAAAAAAAAAAAACACUGCAAGCAGUAACCAAAAAUUCAUGGAACUUGUAGUUUGCCAAUAGCCGGAGAUCCAGUAUUGGGAUAUUCUUUUUGGAAAAUUACAAACUUAUUUCAAGAGAAAUAUCAGAGCACAUGUUACUACAGAAAGAAAACAGGACGUGCUUUGAUUCCAGGAUUUGUCCUGAAUGUUAUUUAGCGGAAAAUGUGAAUACUAGAAAAAUAAGAUUGCAUACACCGCUACUAAUCAGAAAACUCAAUACCAGCAAUCCUAUCCUGGAAAGUAGGGCUUUCCUAUAACUAACACAAAAAAUUGCAAAUAACAUUUUAACAAAAAAAAUCUUUCAAAUCUUUUUAAUAAUUAAUAACAAAUUGCAAAGGAAUUAACUCAUGCAAUCAAAGGAAUUCAUUCUGCAAGGCAUGUGCUUGUUUGAAUUCUAUCCUAUAAUAAUCAUACAUAAAUAAUGGAUUUAAAGUGGAUCUGCCAUAAUGUGUCUUUGGAUGUUCAGCAGAUUCUGUGAUUGUUUUUCAGUAACCUCACGGUUCAUAGUUAUUCAAAUCCAACGCAGCAUUUACAGAGACGUCUGAGGCCGAGAACUUGUACUGCGUGUAGGGCCUGUAUUAAUGAAGGAAAGAAAGAAUCCGUGGAAAGUAACGCUGUCCCUGUGUGGCUGCCACAAAGCUACCUGCCCAGUGCCACUAGUAAGGCAGGGAAGAACAAGCAAAACGUACAACAAAAAUCAAGGAAACCAGAAAAGGUAAAACAAAUAUGUUUUACUCCGAUAUGAAUUCUUUCAACAGGAAUAAUAGUGAAUAUUAUACACUUUAAUAUUUGAAAUGGUCUAAAUCUUGGCAAUUACUUUUACAGGAAUUCUGUGUACCCUGCUAAAGAGGCUGGGCAUCGCUGGUGUAAAUCAUUUAAACCAGUCCUUAAACCCACAAAUAGUUUAAAGAUUUAGGGAUUACCAAAUUCUGUUCAAACAGGGAAAUUAAACAAAAGUCUGAUUAAAAUAGCGUAGAGCUCGCAAACUAUUCUAGAUCUCAUAGUCUACACUAAAGAGUUUGUCAUUGGUCAUAUAGAUUAUUUAAGACCCCAUAAGAACUUGGCCCAGAGCUACAAAAGUAAAGACAACAGACCUAUCUAGUUAUUUUAUUUUAAGUAGUAUCAAUUUCCCAACUGGAUUCCAGGCCUAAUUCCCAGCAGAGUUAACUCACAUACAAAAUUCUUUUUCCUGGUUAAAUAAUUUAUCGUUUCAUGCAGAUAAAGGGUAGAUUUGUAUUAAACGCACGCACCUCUCAGCAGAGAUUGACUUGUCACAAUUCACACUGUAGUGAAUAAUGAUGGUAUAAUUACAACGAAAAGAAGGGAAUAAAGAUUUUCAUGUAACUAUGGCAUCUCAGAAAGACAAUCUGUAGAAUCUAGUUUAUCUCUUAUUAAGAUCCCAAAUGUGUCUGUAUACUGCGUCUUGUUUGAUCUUUUACUGCAUAAACAUGUUUAGAUGUGUUGAUAUUAGGCUGCACCUUGGCUUUUGGGAGAGGUAUCAUUAUUUCAAGAAUCACAAUUGGGUCAGGAUCACAAGCAUGUAUUCCUGACCCUGUAGUGCUAAACCCACCUUUGAGGUGGCUUGCCCCCCCUUAGCUCCCCAUAAAAGUUGAAAACUCACCUUAUUUCCAGCGCUGCGCGGGUCCAAAUGCUGUUUUGGCCAAUCAGGACCUCAAUGCAUCUCCAUGAGGAAAAUUCAGCAUCUCCAUGCCCUGAGCCAGGAAGCCCCUCAAGUGGCCAUCUGAGGAGUGGCCACUUGGAGGUGUCAAUAGGGGCAAUGUAAAAACUGCCUUUUCUCUGAAAAGGCAGUGUUUACAUGGAAAAUUAAUGAAGGGAGCUAUUGUACUCACUAGAACAAAUACAUUAAGCUGUAGUUGUUCUGAUGACUAUAGUGUCCCUUUAAAUCUUACUGUGUGACUUUACUUACAAAAUGAUUAAGAGAUGUACCACCAAUCAUUUCUGUGUCUUUAAAGGGUGGGUUUAAGAGUGUAGUUGCUGUCAAUGUAUGCUGUGUAACUUUUAGAACAAACAAGGCUUUCCAUUAUUACUCUUUUUUGCUUUACUGUACUUUGUUUUUUUGUUUAGUUUUUUUUUAAUUUUUUAGCAUUGUACUGGUUUAGGAGGCAGUUCUAGAACAGCAAAGUUAAACCAAAAUGCAUCUGUCCAGUCCUCAGAUUCCAGAAAGCUGAUUUCCUGUCAUUUCAACGGUGGAUAUAGUGAUCAAUACUUCACAUCAUCUGUAUCGUCUAGCAGCUCCGGUUAUGACUCCAGGAAGACAGGUAGAGCUUCAAUAGAGGUUUUUAUUUUUUGUUGUUCUGUUCAGAGAUCAGCGCACACUCGUUAGUGAAUAAACUUCAUUUGUAGUUUGUUUUUUGUUAUUUUCUUUUUGAAUUUGCUAUUAAAUUGUCCAUCAAUUGUUUGUUCUGUUUGUGCAUGCAGAGCCGAUGGAAAAUAAAGUGUGUUCUUUGCCUGUUCUUCCUGCAAGAACUCUAUCAGAUCUAGGAAUUCAAAGAAUAAAUCCAACUGACAUGCCCCAGACUACCCUGUUUUCUACCGAGGAGCUAAGAAAGUGGAUCAUACACUUCGGAGGAGAUGAGCAGGCAGCAUUUAUGGCGAGAGGACUGCAGAGGCUGCAACUAGCGUAUGAGCAAGGAAAAUCCGAAAUGUCCAAACAGGCUGAGAGUAAAACCCAUCUGCCAAUUUCACAAUAAUUCCUUAUAUUUAUAAUGGGCUGUUUAUGGAGAAUUUUAUAAAUGAACUGUUGAGUCAUAAAAUAAUAAACAAUACCAAAACAGAAGGCUUUAUCUCUCUCUCACUGAAUUGUGGUCAAUUCUAACCACAUUUUUGCCCCUAUUAAAUGACAAAGGCUAUGUGCUGAUGACUCAUUAUGAUAUUUAUCAUCACCUGUAAUUUUGUAAUUCAUUUUGAGUGAAAGAAUAUUUAUGGGCCACAUGUGGUACGUGUGUCCAUUUGUUUGGUAAAUUUGCAGGUUAAAAAGCCCAGCGGUAAGCGUAGCUGAGUUG